AAAAGAGAGACGGACAGCGGAUGAAUCUUCGGAGAUCCUUCAGGACUUGCUUCAGUAUUCCGGGGGGGGGGGGUAAGUGGAUGUGAAUCCCGGUGUCCAAUACUGUGAGAGCUGGAAGUUUGUGUGGAGCUGCUGGCCUCUUCCCACCCCCUCCCUCCCCAGUCUCAGCCUCUGUCUUUCUCCCUCUCCGCUUCCAUUCAGCAGCAUUGCACUCCGGAACGUCGGGUUACAAAUGCCACGUAUACUUAAACUGGCUUAAACUGUCCCAGUGCCAUUCGGGCGGUGGUGGGGGUGGAAUCGCGUGCAAAAGACCCCAGUGUUCGAAUCCAGUUUACUUGCAGCAGUGGACAGACAGCCACCUUUGCACGGGAGAGGAAAAGUUUUGCUGUCAAUGAAUGAGCAUUCCCAUGAUAAUGGCAGAACAGCCUCCGCUGGAAUCAGCUCUAAUGAAUGAAGUUCCACUUCUACCUCAUAUAGUCAAUGGGGACAGCGGACAACAGGUUAUCAAUGGAUCAACUAUUUGUGUGUUCACCUGUCCCGUUGGGGUCCUGCAAGAAAGUGACUCUCAAAUUGACUUUGUUCUGAAACAGGUUAUAUUGGUGCAAGUUAAUCCUGGGGAGACAUUCACAAUCAGAACAGAAGAUGGUCACAUUCAGUGUAUUCAAGGUCCUGCUCAUGUUCCCAUGAUGUCACCAAAUGGUUCAAUGCCUCCAAUUUAUGUGCCUCCUGGUUACAUCUCACAGGUAAUAGAAGAAAAUGGUGUUCGAAGGGUUGUUGUGUUGCCACACUCAACAGAAUUCCACCCUAGUAAUCAUCCCUCUAUGCAUCCCCCUCCGCCUCAUGUGCCACACUACAUGCACUAUCACCCAGCUUUAAUUUCCCACCCUCAUCAAGUUUACGCUCCAGGAACAGGGGACAUCCCUCCACAGUUCAUUCCUCAGCACCCUCCUCCACCCCACGUUUUUGCAGAUCAAGAAUCUCGCUCAUCACAUGGAAGGUCAAAUUUCAACCAUAGAGAUGAAAGGACUCUUAAAGCACAUGAACGUUUGCAAAAAAGGCUUAAAGAGAGACAAGUGGGAGGACAGAAAGAUAAACCCAAUAGCCCCCCUUCUUCUCCACGUAAAAGUCACUCAGUUUCACCUACAAAUGUGCAAAAUGGAUAUGGAAAGGGACAAGCUACAUGUGGUGUUACAGGGAUUGCAGCAGGGCCAGUAAAACUGAAGCUGCCUGGGAAAGCACAAAGCAGCCCACAAGUUGAUACAGAGGCUGGAGAUUCGGAUUCAGAAACAAAAUUAUUACAAGAACUUCUUUCUGGCAUUGCUAAGCCUGUGGUACCUGAAAUUAAAGGAAGAUCAGUUGUCUUGUCCUGGAAUCCACCCUCGAAUUCAGUGGAGGAGGAAGAUAAUGGUGAACAGUUACCAGCAACCUGCAGUUAUGAAGUUACACUAUCUAACAGUGGAAAAGGUGGAAAAUUCAAAGUGGUUUAUUUAGGCGAAGAAACCACGGUUACUAUAUCCGAACUUCGACCAGCCACAGAUUACCACGUUAGAGUUUCAGCAAUUUGUAAUUCUGUGAAAGGGUCUGCUUCGGAAGUGACAAGCUUUACCACAGAAAUCAGUAAACCUGAUUCUCCAGCUCCACCAAAACUAAUUAAUAGGACCAAAAACAGUCUGAGUUUUCAGUGGAAGGCACCCAAUGAUGGUGGUUCUAAAAUCUCCAGUUAUCUUUUAGAAUGGGAUGAGGGAAGACAAAACCCUUUCAAGGAAUGUUACUUUGGACAUCAGAAGCAAUACAAGCUGACUAAAUUGUCCCCAUCAGUAGGAUAUAUGUUCAGGCUAGCAGCUAAAAAUGAAAUUGGACUGAGUGACUUCAGUGAAACAGUACAGUAUUACACAGCAGGCAGUGUUCCACCUUCUCCACCUUCCCCUCAGCUAAUUAGGGUAGGUGUCACAUGGAUGUCGUUGGAGUGGAGUAGACCCAGUGGUGUUUCAUGUGACGAAUCCAUUACAUAUAUCCUGGAAAUGGAAGAUGAGAGUUCAGGUUAUGGUUUUAAGGCAAAAUACAAUGGCGAUGAGCUCACUUGCACUUUAAAAAAUCUCAGACGGAGUAGCUCCUUCAAUUGCAGAGUAUUUGCCUGUAAUAGCGAAGGCAAAAGUAACCCUAGUGAGGUUGUGAAAUAUUGCACAUGUCCUGAUAAGCCUGGACCACCAAGUAAACCAAGUAUAAAGGGAAAAGUUCAUGCGUACAGUUUAAAGGCUUUGUGGGACCCUCCAAAAGAUAAUGGCGGGUCAGAGAUUACCAAGUAUGUACUGGAGUUAUCAGAGGGAUUGAAUGAGAAUAAAUGGGACAUGGUGUACAAUGGACCGGUCAAAGAGCAUGUCUGUGAUCAUCUAAAUCCUGGUACAUGGUACAGAAUGAGGGUUUACUGCAUUAGUAAUGGAGGACAAAGUCAGGUAUCUGAAAUUUUAGCUAUACAGACUGCAGCUAUCACUCCUGGACCUUGUCAACCCCUUCGUCUCUCUGGUAAAGCUAAAGCUAGAGAAAUGGCACUCCGAUGGGCACCACCAGUUGUAGAUGGUGGCUCCAUGGUCACAGAAUACUCUGUGGAGAUUGGAGAGCCAGGAUGGGAUGAUCGAAGACUUGUCUACAAGGGUCCAGAGCUAGAGUGUACAAUAGGCAGUCUUUUGCCAGGAAAAAUGUACAGCUUCUGGGUAAAAGCUGCAAACAAAGUUGGGUAUGGCCCACAUUCUGUGAGGACUGAUAUCUCCACCGUAGCUGCCCCCCCUGACCAAUGCAAUACACCUGUAACCACGUGUAAGACAGCCACGUGCGUGCAAGUGAGUUGGGAGUGCCCUUCAUCUAAUGGUUCUGAAGUCAUGGAGUUCAGACUAGAAUUUGGAGGCAUGGAAGGUUGCAUGCAGGUUAUUUACUGUGGUUCUGCCCUUUGUUAUGAAGUGAAAGCCCUGACACCAGCGACAGCAUACUACUGUAGGGUUCAGGCUGUGAAUGCUGCAGGUCCUGGGUACUACAGCAGCACUGCCAUAUGUAUGACACCUGCCUCGGUGCCAGCUGCAGUGAAUGUACUGCAAGUGAUUGAUGAAGAUCAGCUUGAAAUUGUUCUUCCUUCACCAUCAACGUGCCUUGCUAUUCAGUGGGAGGAGCCUUGUUGCCAUGGAUCUGAAGUCAUUGGUUACAACAUAGAAUAUGGAGAUAAACAGAUUGCAGCAGUCAGCAACGUCACAAAUGCCAUCAUUGAGCAUCUGCAACCAGAUACAUCAUACAGGAUACGAGUACAAGCUGUCAACAGUAUUGGAGCAGGCCCUUUCAGUCAUUCCAUUAAAGCCAAAACAAAACCACUACCUCCUGAGCCACCUCACCUAGAGUGUGCAGUUGUCAGCUACCAGAGCCUUAAGCUUAAGUGGGGGGAUGGGCCCAACAAAACUUUAACCACGGGUUCAACACAAUAUACCUUGCAGAUGGAGGACAAAUUUGGAAGGUUCAUUUCUAUCUAUAGCGGGCCUUGUCAUACAUAUAAAGUCCAGAGACUGAAUGAGUCCUCAGUUUACAACUUUAGAAUUCAAGCAUACAACGAUGCUGGAGAAGGACCAUUUUCUGAAGUUUACACUUUCACCACAACCAAAUCUCCACCACCUCCACUUAAAGCUCCCAGAGUACAAAUGUCGGAAGAAAACAUUUGUGAAAUCACGUGGGAAGCACUACAGCCAAUGAAAGGGGAUGCCAUUGUUUACACACUUCAGAUUAUUAUUGGGAGAGAUACUGAGCAGGUGUACAAGGGGCCAGCGACUUCAUUUCAUUUCACAAACUUUCAGACAAACUGUGAAUAUAGGUUCAAGGUCUGUGCUGGCCGCCAGUAUCAAGAUGCUGUUGGAAUGCAAGAACUCUAUGGACCUUACAGUCCAACUGUGCCAUUCUCAUCUCAGAGACAAGAAUCCGCCUCAAGUAGUUCAGAAACUACUGUGGAGCUCACAAAGGUCAACAAGGAAACACUAACUGAUGAGCAGUUUGCUGCCCUGAUUGUUGCGGGCUUUGCUGUAGUUUCCAUUUUGUUUGCUUUCAUUAUUCAGUACUUUGUAAUUAAGUAGAGAUUGAAAAACACAUUAAUGGCUAUGUUUGUAUCAUCUACGAUAAAGACUCUGGCUUUUUUUCUCGGUUUAUCGUCCAAAUUAAACUGAUAGUUGGAAAUGAUUGUAUGCUGAGAACAUACAUCUCCAUCCUUCUUGCUGCUGACAGAAUGUGAGACAGUGGUAGCAGAACCCUGUGCACAUGCAAAGCCACAAUUCUCAUAAAGGGGUCAUCUGAGGCUUCUAAUUCCCAAAACAGCUGCUCUACGGACAGCUAGGAUUGCCUUAGUAUUUUAGACCCUCAAGCCAGUGCUAUCCAGCCAGUAGAUGUUUAGGCUUAGCAAAAGGAGCCCUUCUGAAAGAGCUGAGAGAGGUGCAGUAGACGCAAGCCAAUUUUAAACAAUAGUAGGGAACAUAUUGAGAUAGCAAAGGUUUUUAUGAUCUAGAGCAGAGCUUUAUUAGUGGUCAUGACUUCAGAUGAACUAUGAACUACUUUAGUGAAAGAUUCUAGUGCAUAUGGUUUCAUUACACAAAAGAAAAGCAUAACCACUGCUGGUUGCAGGGUAGUUAAAUGUGUAUUGAACAUAAGUUUGGAAAAAUAUAGUUUGUUCUGUGCAGUUAGUUUGAAAAAAGUCCUGCAAAUUACAUCACCUGUGUACUUAAAGGUGACUGUGUUGGACCCCAGAUUUGCAUUUAACGUCUUUGUUUUCUGGCAAUCCAUGAAGGUAAUUCAAUGCUAAUGUGCUUGCAGUAAACUGCAGCACUUUGUAGCAAAGCACAAAUUUUAAUAAUGUCUCUGAUUGUAAUGGUGCAAUAUAAAAGUUGCAGUUUGUUAUAAAUGUUUCACUGUUUGGUUCAAACUGUGCAGUUUUUUUCCAAGAAUACAAUAUCCAGAAAAAACAAUAAACUAAAAUGUAAUAAGUUUCUUAGUUUUUCCUUUAAUUGAAAUAGAGGAAAGAACAUAGCCUUUAAAAUACGUCCUCCAAGUUAUUGUGAAUCUCAAAACAAACUUGCAAUUUUAGAAUAUGAUUUAUCAUUUUGCUAAGCAUGAUUUUCAAAAUGCUGCAGAGUACCCAAAUGACCACAUUAUAUGCCAUCAUGUAGAAUGUCAGUAUUACAUUCCACUACUUUAGCAUCAGAGACGGCGCCAUUUGGUUUUUAAGGAUGUGCACACAGAAGAAAUGAGUUUAAAACUUUCACUUUCAACCAGCUCAGUUGGUUUGUGAAGAAAGAAAGGGCGAGUCAUUAUGUUGUGAAGUAGCAAUAUCUUUUUUCUCCUAGGAAUUUCAUUUAUGGUGCAAUUCUAAAAUAAUCUCUCCAAAUAUAUAUCUUCCAUUUUAUAUUUUAUUUAUUACAGUUAAGUACAGGAAAUUUAUGUAUGAAUGUAUUAAACUUGUAGCAAGUCUUAACUUAAUUAACAGUUUCUCAAUGUAUUGGAUUGCCCUGUUACUGGAAAAUCUGUUUCCCUAUUUGGAUAACUAAACAGAAACAAAUGUUUAGUCUUAAUAGUCCUGUAGAAUGGUUUACAUGCUUUUCUUCCUGGUGAGCCUGUUUUUUCAUUUCCUGUUUAUUUCUUAAAUGAAUUGUGGCAUUCAGUUAAAAUUAAGAUUCCUGAUAGUGCUGUUUUUUGGGCUGUUUUGCCAAAGGCGAUCUUUCAAUUUCAGUUUUUUAAUGGAAUAAGCCACAUCGGUGGUGGUUAACUCUUGUAUGGUGGUGGUUGGUUGAAACAAUGCCAUUUCGACACCUGGGCAAGCUUCAGCAAGUAGUCAAAAAGGUAUAAAACUGGCAGAUUUCGAGACUGGAGUAUUUUCAUAAGAAACUUAUGGUGCCUGAUUCUGGAUGUUUUAAGUACAAUAAAUACACAAGUUGUAUAACUGCUUAAACCAUUGGCAGUAAAUUGAUUACUGCAAUUUAUUGUACUGGGUACAGUAGUAAUUUUAUGUUGCAUAGUUUUAAAUAUUAAAUAUACAUUCCAAAACUACCUUAGGUGGCAUUAAUGUACUAAAUAUUAUUGCUUUCAACUUUAUGUAUUGUACUAUAUGGAAUCAUUCACAGAUUCAUGUUUAAACUGCCAUUCCAAUGUAUGACUAAACUGUAACUAUCAAAUAGAUAAUAUAUUUAAUAACGGCCAAUAAAAUGUAAAUUAAUUA